AUGUAUGAAGAUCAUAAUUCUCUGGAAUUUUUCCAACAUGUGGCUUUUCUAAUGCCUUGGAAAAGUAUUCAAGCCGUCCAGUAUCAUCAUCAACUCUUACUCAACGAUAUAACAAUGAUCGAAUCAUCCAAUUUUGAUUUUGAAAAUGCUAUUGAAGUAGGGGCAAAGUCGGAGGAGCGCAAAAUAGUCACUCGCAGACAGAAGAAAAAAGCUAUUCCAUGGACUCUAGCAGAACACAAAUGCUUUCUGAAGGGAUUGCAAGAACUCGGAAAAGGAGAGUGGAAAAACAUAUCAAAGCAAUACGUGACUACAAGAACCCCAUCUCAAAUAGCCAGUCACGCCCAAAAAUUCGAGAAACGCAAGGACACAACAACACCGGUGGAAAAACGUCGGGCAAGCAUUAAUGACAUCCAGUACGCGUGA